ACACACUUUAGAUAAGGACAAUUAGUCACCGGCCAGACCCAGUAGGGAGAGAGGUUUAAAUCAGAAGGAUUUAAAUGAGGGUGCUCGGUGCCUUCCCCGAAGCCAUGCCCUCCGGCAACUCCCGCCCCCCAGCCAGCCUAGCCUCCGUGGCUCUCUGCUUGGCUCUGUGGUUCCUUCUCCCCCUUUCUUCCCUAGCUGGAGACAGGAGACCCUUGUCUGUAGGUAGGACUUCAGGUUGGAAGGAAAAGACCCUGAUUCUACUUGAUGUGAGCACCAAGAACCCAGUCAGGACAGUCAAUGAGAACUUCCUCUCUCUGCAGCUGGACCCCUCCAUCAUUCAUGAUGGCUGGCUCGAUUUCUUAAGCUCCAAGCGUCUGGUGACCCUGGCUCGGGGACUUUCGCCGGCCUUUCUGCGCUUCGGGGGCAAAAGGACCGACUUCCUGCAGUUCCAGAACUUGAGGAACCCGGCGAAAAGCCGCGGGGGUCCGGGUCCGGAUUACUAUCUCAAAAACUAUGAGGAUGAUAUUGUUCGAAGUGAUGUUGCCCUGGAUAAACAGAAAGGCUGUAAAAUUGCACAACAUCCUGAUAUUAUGCUGGAGCUUCAAAGAGAGAAGGCAGCACAGAUGCAUCUGGUUCUUCUAAAGGAGCAAUUUUCCAACACAUACAGCAAUCUCAUAUUAACAGCCAGGUCUCUAGACAAACUGUAUAACUUCGCUGAUUGCUCUGGACUCCACCUGAUAUUUGCUCUAAAUGCACUGCGUCGGAAUCCCAAUAACUCCUGGAACAGUUCUAGUGCCCUAAGCCUGUUGAAGUACAGCGCCAGCAAGAAGUACAACAUUUCUUGGGAACUAGGAAAUGAGCCAAAUAACUAUCGGACGAUGCAUGGCCGCGCAGUAAAUGGCAGCCAGUUGGGAAAGGAUUACAUCCAGCUGAAGAGCCUAUUGCAGUCCAUCAAGAUUUAUUCCAGAGCCAGCUUGUAUGGCCCUAAUAUUGGGCGGCCCAGAAAGAACGUCAUUGCUCUGCUAGAUGGAUUCAUGAAGGUGGCAGGGAGCGCGGUGGAUGCAGUUACCUGGCAACAUUGCUACAUUGAUGGCCGGGUGGUGAAGGCGAUGGACUUCCUGAAAACCCGCCUGUUAGACACACUCUCUGACCAGAUUAGGAAAAUUCAGAAAGUGGUUAACACAUACACUCCAGGAAAGAAGAUCUGGCUGGAAGGUGUGCUGACCACCUCCGCAGGAGGCACAAACAAUCUGUCAGAUUCCUAUGCUGCAGGAUUCUUAUGGCUGAACACUUUAGGAAUGCUGGCCAAUCAGGGCAUUGAUGUGGUGAUACGGCAUUCAUUUUUUGACCAUGGCUACAACCAUUUGGUGGACCAGAAUUUUAACCCAUUACCAGACUACUGGCUCUCUCUCCUUUACAAGCGCCUGAUUGGCCCCAAAGUCCUGGCAGUACACGUGGCUGGACUCCAGCGGAAGCCACGGCCAGGACGAGUCAUCCGGGACAAACUAAGGAUUUAUGCACACUGCACAAACCACCACAACCAUAACUACGUGCGUGGGUCCAUUACACUUUUUAUUAUCAACCUACAUCGAUCAAGAAAGAAAAUCAAAUUGGCUGGGACACUCAGGGACAAGCUUGUGCACCAGUAUCUGCUGCAGCCCUAUGGACAGGAGGGCCUGAAGUCCAAGUCAGUGCAGCUGAAUGGCCAGCCCUUAGUGAUGGUGGAUGAUGGGACCCUCCCCGAACUGAAGCCCCGCCCCCUGCGGGCUGGCCGGACAUUGGUCAUCCCUCCAGUCACCAUGGGUUUUUAUGUGGUCAAGAAUGUCAAUGCUCUGGCCUGCCGCUACCGAUAAACCACCUUCCACUCACAAGUUCCUGGUGGGCCUGCUGGACUGCCUUCUACUCUUCCACCCUCAUAGUACCCUGACUUUUCAGACAUCUUAGUAACCAGCCUCUUCGGCCCCAUACUGCUGAAGUCAACAUAGACUCACCCUCCAGAGAGGCUAAAUGUCAUAGUGUGAGCUUAGCCUAGGUAAAUCCCUGAGGAAAAUGUAGACACCACGCGUGCCUAUAUAGGAUAAAGGUCUGUGUCUAGAGCUGUAUGCUUCCAUUUACACACACACCAUGCAAAACAAGCAGACAGCACACAAAUGCUUCCCCCACCCAAAACCUCACAUGAUCCUGGUCACACAAGGUUGUGUCUAACUCCACAACUCCAAACCUUAGCCUGCUGCUGCCCUCAACAGAGGAGGAAGGAAACCCCAGGAGGACCUGCCAGAACCUAAUCCAAUUCUAACUCCCUUUCCUUCGUCUUGUUUCCUGCUGCUGCCCUGGGUUUCCUGACACCUCUCUUCCCAUAGGGGAGCAAAUGGGUGAGUCAGCUGUGGCCUGCUGCGUGAGCUGUUUAGGUAAUUUCCUGGCUGAUGUAUGUGUGAGUGCAUGCAUCUGGGUUUCUGACAGUGGCAUCCAUCACUGGCUAUUCCUUUGGGAAGCGGGUACUUCAAAAGUAGAAUUGCAAUCAUACUCCAGAUUUUGUAAGAAGGCUCUAUUCUUCUGUGAAUCUGGAAUCCCCAAGACUUGGAAUGCGAGUCAGGUAACAGUAUUCAUUUGAAUGGAGAAUAAUGUAUUAGGUACCACAAAAAGCAAUCAGAAUCCUUUGUGUUACCAGGAAGAAAAGAGUUGUAGUACAAAGAGAAAGCACACAGAAACAUCAAAUGCAUACAUACUCCCUUACACACACCACACCACCCCCCACACACACACAAUGGCAAAUUAGACCUGCCCUGCCACACUGAGAGAAUAUUAAGGGCCUGAAAAGAUACGUCUUCAGUUGUUAGGCUAACCAAAAGUCAUUGAAAAGGUGUGCACCAAAAGUCAUCACUGUAAGACACACAGAAUCUAGCCUUUCUUCCUCUUCCCACAUA